AUGGUUGCUAAGCAAGGUUGGUUUCUUAUGGAAAAUCCACAUGCUUUAGUGUCCAGGAUUUUUAAAGCGAGGUAUUUUUCGAGAACUGGUUUAUUCGAAGCUAAGUUGGGUUACAACCCUAGUUAUGUUUGGCGGAGUAUUUGGAAGGCCCGAGAGGUCCUUACUCUUGGGUGUAGAUGGAGAAUCGGUGAUGGUAGAAACAUAAGGGUUAUGGAUGAACCUUGGUUGCGUGGAAGUAGAGAGGGUUGCUUGAUGGGACCUCAAAAACAAGGUGUGUUCACUUUAACCGUUAAUGAUCUUUUGUUGCCUAAUGUUAAACAAUGGAAUAUGCGAGUUUUAUGCGAUUUGUUUGACUAUUCAGUUGUCAGAGAUAUCUUACAUGUUCCAUUGGCAGAAGCGGUGCAGGAAGAUCGCUUGGUUUGGAAAGAAGAUGUUAACGGUAAUUAUAGUGUUCGGUCGGGUUAUAGGAUUUGGAGGAAGAGCCAGGAAAGGAUUAGUUCGGGAAGGGAAAAAUUAAAUUGGAGUAGCCUUUGGAAAAUUACAGCUCCAACCAGAGUAAAACAUCUUAUUUGGAGAAUUUGUAGUGACUGUCUCCCGUCAAAGACGGAAGGACUUCUCGAUAUAAUAUCCCCCCGUCUCCAAACUUUUCAUGAUAUCAAAUCCCUUAUCCUUGACAUCUGUACUAAGGAGGAUAGGAAAACCGCGGGGAGAGUUGCGGUUAUGCUGGAAGGUUUAUGGAAGAAUAGGAACGACUUUGUUUGGCACAAUGAGAAGGAAGACGCAUCGAAGCUUGGUUGGAUGGCCUUCCAUAGGUGGCAAGAGUGGUUUCUAGCACAAAAUCUUCCGGAAACGAAUUCAGAUAUCGGAGAUUUGGUUAUUUGGAACCCUCCCUCUUUUGGAUGCUUAAAAUGUAAUGUUGAUGCCGCCUUUAAUCAACGUGUCGGGACUACGAAUCGCGGUUGGGGCAUUCUUAAUGAUCAUGGUGACUUUGUAACUGCAGGUACUGCUUGGGAUAAUUGCACCUUCUCCGUGUUGGAGGCGGAGGCAUUAGCCAUUAAGGAAGCUAUCCAAUCAGCCACUACACUUCAUAACAUACCGGUGAUUUUCGAAAGUGAUUCCCAACAGGUGGUCAAAGCCUUUAGUUCCAGUUCGAGCGCUAAGGCGGCCAAUUCAUGGACUCGACGUUGUAUGUUUGAUGAGAUUCCUCCUUGUAUCACUUCUUAUUUGAUUAAUGAAAGCAGUUAA